AUGAAGGACAAUUCCGUCUUGACGCUAAUUCUUUGCGUCCUCGGCCUAUACGUCCUGUUUCUAUCGUGGUCUCUUCUUCAAGAACGAAUCAACACCAAACCAUACGAGUACAUUGGCGAUAGUCCAGUCUUCUUCAAAGCUCCAUUGCUAGUGAACACCGUACAAGCCUUCUUUGCGUGUCUUGUGGGCCUUGGAUACUCGAUUUUGGCUCAUAAGCAGAACCCAUUCGAGAUUUUCGAGAGUAAUGCCUCGAAGAACUCCACUGGAUCAGCCACCUACGUUAGGUUUUUCAUCGCUAUAGCCAUCACAUCCACCAUUUCGUCGCCUUUGGGAUACAAGGCUUUGAAGCAUGUGGACUACUUAGCAUUCUUGCUUGCCAAGUCAUGCAAACUCCUUCCAGUUAUGCUCGUGCACUUUGUGCUUUACAAGACAAGGUUUCCUCCGCAUAAGUACAUGGUCGCUGGAAUGGUUACUCUUGGGGUCAUUUUGUUUACAACCAGCCAUAGCUCGGAAAGAAACAAAACAUCAAUCAACGAUGGCAACAUUGUUCUCGGAAUGCUACAGUUAGCAGGGUCCAUGCUUCUAGAUGGCUUGAUGAACUCGACCCAAGAUCAGAUAUUCAAGCUUCCAAACACUCAGCAUAAGCUCACGGGCGCUUCGCUCAUGUGCAUUCUUAAUCUAUUAGUCUGUCUUCUUUCAGUGGGGUUUAUAUUGAUAUUCCAAUUCGAGAAUGAAGCUCUUUACGCCUGGAAGUUCGUGCAAAAGUACCCACAGCUGCUUAUAGAUAUACUAGCAUUUUCGAUCCUUGGAGCUGCUGGCCAAGUAUUUGUCUUUCUCAUACUUGAGAAGUUCGACUCAAUCAUUUUGGUCACAGCUACUGUUACGAGGAAGAUGAUCAGCAUGAUUCUUAGCGUGUUGCUCUUUGGCCACAAGCUCUCGACCGGACAGUGGCUUGGUGUGUUGUUUGUGUUUGGAGGCAUUGGCUAUGAAUCUUAUUUGAAGUUAUCGUCAAAGAAGAAGAAGCAAGAGUAG